UUACGUAAAAAUUGCGCGCCUGACACGGGCUCGGCGUCGGAUACUUGAAGAUCGAAAACACCAGAAGGUUCUGUUUYGCUUUAGUUUUGUUCAAAACAGUCAAAAUGCCGAAAGUAAAGAGGAGCAGAAAGCCACCUCCAGAUGGAUGGGAGCUCAUCGAGCCCACUUUGGAUGAGCUGGAUCAGAAAAUGAGAGAGGCUGAAACAGACCCUCAUGAGGGGAAGCGGAAGGUGGAGUCCCUCUGGCCGAUCUUCAGGCUGCACCACCAGCGCAGUCGGUACAUCUACGAUCUCUUCUACAAAAGAAAAGCCAUCAGCAGAGAGUUAUACGACUACUGCAUAAAGGAAGGCUACGCAGACAAGAACCUGAUAGCCAAGUGGAAGAAGCAGGGCUACGAGAACUUGUGCUGCCUGCGCUGCAUCCAAACCCGAGACACCAACUUUGGAACCAACUGCAUCUGCAGAGUCCCCAAGAGCAAGCUGGAAGUCGGAAGGAUCAUUGAGUGCACUCACUGUGGAUGCAGAGGAUGCUCCGGCUGAGUGUGUUUGCCUCGAGGACUCCUCCGGUUUUCAUAAUACAAGCAUGGAGAAAUUUUUUUUUUAAUUAUUAUUAUUAUCAUUAUUAUUUCAUCUGCGUCAGAAACGCAUCAUUACCUUCACCGUCAGCUGCCCUUACGUGGGAUCAAUGUUCUGUGUUUAAACGCAGUAAGGCGAUGGGAGAACACGGAGACCGGGGGCCAUUUUUUUCUUGUCAGUUUUUCCUGUUUGUGCUUUCUGUUAUUGAAAGUUGUGGACCGUUUCUGAGUCAGACCUGUCAUUCCAGACAGCCAUGCUCGCUGUGAAGGUCGGUUCUAAUGCGUUGGUUUUCAUUUAAAGUAGAUUGAAGUAUGCUGUUUUUUUUUCUCUAGUUUUUGGAUGAAAAUCCUGAUAUCUUUCAUUAUUAUAGUAUGAUUUUUAAAUAAAACAUUUCAGUCAUU